CUUCGGCAUUUUCCAUUCUCCUUCCUUUUGAAUUUCAUUUCAUUUCCUUUUUCCCCUGUCCUCUAGUUUUGUGCCUUUGAUUUUGCUCCAUGUUUUUGGUUUAGAUUGUUGUUGUUGUUCUUCUACUUCGUCUUCAUCUUCUUGUUUUGCAUGUUCUUGAUUCAGUAAUGGAAACUGGAAGCUGGAAACUCUUCUUUUCUUCUCUAUCCUCUUUUUACUCUUUUUCUGGGAUUUGAGCGUUUUUUGUUUCUGGGUUUUUAACUUUCAUCCCCUAUUUCCCUUUUCCUCUCACGAUUUCAAGUUUGUUCCUGAAAAGAUGCUUGGUGUUCAAGGUUUUUGAUAACGUGCUGUUGGUCGUGGACCGGUUUACUUCCCUCUGUUCUCGUAUCUUGACCCUCAAGUUUUUCUUUCUCUCUCUCUUUUGUUAUGAUUAUUCCCUUUCCUUUCAAUUUUUUAGCCUUUUUUUUUCUGUUUCUUUUCCCUUUGGUCUUCCCAGCUUCAUUUCCAAGAAAUGCAUGUUAGUUUCAAACAUAUUCUAACCUUGUAGAACUUGUCCUUCCUGUCUAUUGUCGUUGUCGUUGUUGUUCUUUGAACCCUGAGGCUAUUUUGUUUUGAUUUCAAGUUUAAGCAUCUGAAUGGAUCGAAGGGAUCCAAUGGCGUUAUCGGGGUCGCAAUCGUUCUAUAUUCAGAGGGGAAUGAGCAAUUCUGGCUCUGGAGCACAGGGCAUGCGUUCCUCUACUAACCCAAAUAUGACUUUUCAGACCAACGCUGGAGGCAAUAAUGUUGGAUCAGGCUUGCCAAUGGACCCUAACCCUGCCAUUUCACCUUAUGGUGCCAAUGUAGGGGCUCAAUCGGGUGGAAUGGUUGCGAGUGAACCGGUGAAACGGAAGCGAGGUCGGCCUCGCAAAUAUGGAACUGAAGGAACUGUGUCUUUGGCACUGUCCCCCUCUCCAUCUGCCCCUAAUCCAGCCAGUGUUGGCUCUUCGCCGAAGCGGGGUAGGGGACGGCCUCCCGGGUCGGGAAAGAAGCAACAGUUAGCUUCUCUUGGUGAACCACUCUCUGGUUCAGCUGGAAUGGGUUUUACUCCACAUGUUAUAACCAUUGGAGUAGGAGAAGAUGUCGCUGCCAAAAUUAUGUCAUUUUCACAACAGGGACCAAGAAUUGUAUGCAUCUUGUCAGCAAAUGGUGCUGUCUCCACUGUGACUCUUCGUCAGCCUUCGACUUCAGGAGGCACAGUCACGUACGAGGGGCGUUUUGAGAUAAUAUGUCUAUCGGGCUCGUACUCGCUUGGGGAUAUAUCUGGUUCGAGGAACCGCACUGGUGGUCUGAGUGUCUCCCUUGCGAGCCCUGAUGGUCGUGUUAUCGGUGGUGGUGUAGGAGGAGCACUUAUCGCAGCAACCCCGGUUCAGGUGAUAGUAGGGAGCUUCAUGUGGGGAAGUUCAAAGUCGAAGUACAAGAAGAGGGAAGCUGUCGAAGGCGUGAUAGACUCGGAUCAUCAGGCGGUAGAUCACGCAGUGGCGAUCGCAAACGUGCAGCAGAAUCAGAAUCAGAAUCAGAAUCAGAAUAUGACUCCGACCUCCCCAGUUAGUAUGUGGCCGUCGUCGCAGUCUCUGGACAUGCGUAACGCACACAUGGACAUCGAUCUGAUGCGCGGGUGAGGUCCGGGGAGUUUAGUUGUUAAUUUUCAGAGGAAACGAUAGAGUACUUGUGAAAUGUGUAGGUUGUGGGAUUGAGUUUUGGAUUAUUUACAUUAUUCCUUGUUUGUAGUUUAUGUUUUUAUGUUAACCAUUGAACAACACCAAUCCAAGUCUGGCUUUCUCAAC